GUCUGCGAGCUAAUCUUGGUUUUGAGGGCUCUCUAGAUCUGGCAGAGCUGCGAUCUCGGAGAUGUUGUUGCGAUGCGGGGGAUGCGUGCAUGCAUGCCUGCGUGUCAACCACCAGUCCCCGGUUGCAACACAUCGCUUCAUGAAAUACGCCACGACUCCGCCUUGAUAUUCAAACCAAGUAUCCAACGAGACCAAGGACAACCUUGGGACUGUGAGAAACGAAAUACAAUAAAAUUAGUUGCCAGCAACCGGAUUUACCACACCAAGGACCACCAUGGCCGACCCCUCCAGCGCCCCGCGGGUCAUCAACAUCGGCCUCAUCGGCUGCGGCGAGGUCGCCCAAGUCAUCCACAUCCCAACCUUGCUCUACAUGCGCAGCCACUUCCGCAUCACCUACCUCUGCGACGUCUCCCCCGCGGCGUUGGAGCACUACGCCGCCUCUAUCCCCACCACCACCAAGAGCCAGUCCCCCGUAAAGACGACGCGCGACCCGGCCGAGCUCUGCGCGAGCCCCGAGGUCGACGCGGUGCUGGUCGCCAGCUCGGACGAGUACCACGCGGACCACGCCAUCGCGGCGCUCCGGCAGGGCAAGCACGUGCUGGUCGAGAAGCCGCUCGCGCUGUGCCGGAGGGAUGUCGAGGCCAUUAUCCGCGCCGAGGAGGAGGAGAUUGCUCGGGGUGGCGGCAAGGGGAGGGUGAUGGUCGGGUAUAUGCGGCGGUAUGCGGCCGUCUUUGAGGACGCGGUCAGGGAGAUUGGAGGGCUAGAUAGGAUCUUGUACGCGAGGGUUCGAGACAUCAUCGGCCCCAACUCGACAUUCGUCGCGCAGUCGGCCACCUUCCCGCGCAAGUUCACCGACUUGUCCGCCGGGGACGUGGCUGACAAGAACGCCCGCGCCCUGGAGCAGGUCCGCACGGCGCUCGAGGCCGAGUGCGGCGUCGCCGUGACCGACGAGUCGACACGGAUGUGGCGCGUGCUCGGCGGGCUCGGCUCGCACGACUUGUCCCUCAUGCGGGAGGCGCUGGGGAUGCCGGAGCGCGUGAUCGGGGCGGCGCUGGGGCUGCCUGUCUGGAACGUGCUCUUCAAACACGCCUCGGGCUACACAAUCUCGUACGAGUCCGGGCUCAUCAACGUCCCGCAGUUCGACGCCCACCUGGAGGUCUACAGCGCCGACAAGAUUGUCCGCGUGCAGUACGACACGCCGUACGUCAAGGCGCUGCCCGUGACGCUGCACAUCACCGAGAACGGCGGGGAUGGCGUUCUGAGGCAGACGAGUAUCCGCAAGACGUACGAGGACCCGUACACCCUCGAGCUCAGAGAGUUUUGGCAGUUUGUGGUCGAGGGCAAGGAGGUCAAGACCACGGCGCGCGAUGCGCUGCAGGACUUGCAGCUGUUUGGCAUGAUUAUGCAGUAUGGGAACGGAGGGCGGUGAAUUGGGUCGAGGGCGUGCGUGGGAGUAAGUGAGCAGAGAAAGAUAGAUAGGUAGAUGGCAGUGGUGAUGGUACAUACGGGUGGGGGAGAAGGUGAUGGACGUGUCGGGCAAAGACUAGAUAGAGCACAAAGACGGCAUGUGAAACCAGAGGGCGAAUUUGGGCAAUUGUGACAAUGGGCAAACAAGAGCUGAAGAAGUUUCAGCUUCACUUCGGGGUUUCCCGUCGUCGGAUGUGGAAACUGCAGCAAACACGGGAGACGCACCACAACAAUGUUUAUGGUUCAAAUGCCAUGCAACGAUAGCUGGCGAGCUCUCCAACUAUCAUG